GUUCCUCCCAUGCGCUUUGUCCGAUUCGCACGUCAUUUUUCACGUAGCAUGUGGGGACUGUUCUAAUAAAAAAGUAAUUCAAAGAAUUUUGAUAUAAAAAAAAAUAAGCACGUUAUAAAAUUAACACUUCCUGUGGAUUUUUCGUCAAAAAAGGAAGUGGACCAUUUCUCCACAUUGGUAUGUCCGAUUGACACCAAACUUGGGUCCGUAGUUACUCAUGUCUUCCAUAAGCAUUGCGCACAAUUUCAGAUCAUCGCCACUAGGUGUCGCUCUUUAAAAUGAAGAAGUUUAUAUCUCUGCAACGGCACGUGUGAUUAAAAUGAAACUUGGUACGAUGCUUCCCCAUGGCUCCCUGAGGCUCACUUAAAAAGGACACAAAAAUACGCCACUUGGUGGCGCUCUUUUGGCAUGAAAAAUUACUGUGCGGAGACCAUAAUAGUUAUGAGUAUGAAAUUCACAGGGUACAUGUGUUUGUCGUGUGUGUAGCGCCCCCUACAGGAUAAAAAAAAGCAGCCCCGGAGCCACGUUUCACCGAUAUGUACGAAACUCGGUAGGCUCGUGUAACAUGCCGGGACAUAGAAAAAAAGCCUCUUGGACCCAUACCCGAAACCCCACGGGAAGUCGGCCAUUUUGAUUUUCACUUUCGGCAAACGUUUCGCGUUGCAUUUGAACGAACUAUUCCUCGGGAAUUUAUCGGAUCUACUUCAAAAUUGGUCAGUACAGUCUCAAAAUGGGGCUGAUUAAAAGUUGUGCUAUUUGAGACUGUGCGUUGAACAGCGUGUCUGUGGCGUGAGGUCAAAGUUGGCCACUUUGAAUUCUGUCGUCAUACAAACUGAUUGAAAACUUGAGCUGUGACUGUACAUUAAACCGCGUGCCAGUGACAACUUGUCCAUUUCAGCAGAUUCGCCAUAAAAUAGUGCUCAUAACUUCAGUGUGCAAUGUCCAAUCUCCAAUAAACUUCAUAUAUUCUGAAACAGUCUCGCCCUGAACACGUCUUCAUAACUUCAGCGUACGUGGUCCAAUCUCAAUGAAACUUCACGUGUUUUACAAGAGACCCGCCCUGAACUUAUCUACAGCUGUAACGAUGGCACGUGACGCGGCCGCAGCACACCCUGAGAUGCGUGGAGUGCGAGGUCCCGCUCAAUGCUGCUUGCAGCUUUAAUUUUGUUUAAUUUUUAUUAAAACCAAGAUCUGAUGGUGUAGAAAGUUUUAUGGGGCACUUUGUAAAACUUCAGUUCCUGAUUCCGUCCCUGUUAAACGCUGUAAUGUGCUAGAAUAUGACUUUACAGAAGGACCUGAGUCAGCAGGGCGUGCAUGUGUAGAGAGCCUUGUAUCGUCCACCUUCCUUCAUCUUCAGCUCUCUCUCUCACUUUCCCCCUCACACACCCUGUGCGGUGGGUGCCCUACAUGCUGAUCCAGCUGAAGCCCCUGUGCGUAAAUGGAAAGCUUUUACGCACUGCGCGCGUUCACUCCAGAAGAGGUUUAAUUGUUGUUUUUGCUUUGUCACCCAGCUCGCCCGGUGCAUAAGCAGACCUGGGGAUGUGCUGUGGAGAUGUAAGGGUUGCGGUAAUACCUCACUACAUAAUAAAGGGGGGGAGGGGGGGAGGCAAGUCGUGAGUCCGGACGCUCACCGCCAACUAAACGCGAGAGGGACUCAGACAUCAAUAACAUCUCGCUCAUCAAUAAGACAUUUUGAUGGAGAUAGACUGCUUAAUUAAAUAGGUUGCCUUGAAGGUAUUAGGCAUCUCUGAAUUUAAAAUAUUUAAUCUAAUGACCCCCAAUGGAGAACAUCUGAAGGAGGACUCUUCAGCAUCUCUAUCCACAGGAAGCGGCUCGGUCAGACAAAGAAUAAGACUUGGAGAUUUCUUAUCUUUCAGAGAUGGCUAUCAACACUGACGCUGCGUUUGGGAAAAGCGCCCUCGGCGAGAGGGAAGUUUCCAAUCCCACCAACUUCCACGAUAAGGAGAAGCUGCUGAGCACCGCCACCACCGAGCCCACCGGGCAGAGCAACCUCAAGCCGUCCGACUCCUUCUCCCUCAACAUCAGAGGGAGCGUCCGGUCCCUGGACGCGGACCAGAAUGGACACAGAUCGCCGCUUAAGUCGGGGUCCAUCGGGCAGUUGGCGACCCCACCCAAGUCCGCGUCCCGGCUCAGCCUGGGCCCGCUUCCUUCCCCUGUGCCGCCCGGGUCCGCACCCCCGACUUACCUCUGGCUCGCCGUGUUGUCCUGUUUCUGCCCCGCCGUGCCUCUCAACAUGUGUGCCUUGUGGUACGCAUAUGUGUCGAGGUCUGUUCUCCAUACAGGAGAUAUUGAAGGAGCAAGGAAGUAUGGGCGUCUGUCUAUGCUGCUCAGCUGUCUGGCAAUACUGCUGGGUGUGGCUCUCAUCAUCUUCAUAGUGGUCACAAGAGAUCCAGCAGUGAAGUGAGGGAUGGAAGGAGUCUCCUUUAACUUCAAAAUUGUACAGAAGAGAGAGAGAGAGAGAGAGAGAGAGAGAGAGAGAGAGAGAGAGAGAGGAGGGGGAAAAAAAUAAUUUUGAAGAUGAAAAAGCACAAAAUCUGAGUUGAAAACAAGCCGAAGAGACUCAAACCUACAACUUUUUUGCUUUUUUCUGCUAUGGACAUGGAAAGGGAAAGAAAUCGCAGGCUGUUCCCAUUUUUCCGGCAAUGUUCGUGCCCAAUAACCCCACAAACUCAGGAACAAAAGGGAAGGACAAUGAAGGCUGCACACAGUUGUAGUGUUGGAUCAUCACUCUGUGGAGAAAGUGUAAACUACGCAGAGUCCAAACUAGUGGUGCACUGAAGUACACACAACUGCCUGACUCUCAGAUAAUUGGAUGGCACACCAUUUGCUUAUUAAAAAUGAAAUAAAAAUCAUUAGAUCUGAAGAUGUCCUAAAAAAAAAAAACUAAAGAAGAAUACCAUCAUGACAAAUGUAUAAAAACAGGUGGUCAGACAAAAAAAAGAAGUGCACCUCUAGUCUGUAAUACCGCCACUGCCUGCCCUGUUUCUCUUCCUGUUCUGUUGGGACUUCUGUGGCUGUGGGAAGAUGUAUAAACUGAUUUCAUACACUGUUUACAUAAAAGUUUAAAACUCAUGUACGUUUAUCACAACAAUGCCCUAACUGUAGUCAUAGUGUGAUAUCUUGCUUUGCGUGCUACUAUGAUAAAAACUGAGCAGAUUCCUGUUCGAAACUUCACUGAACUGCCUGGAUCUCUACACCUCAUUACGUUUACAAUAUACUGCAAGAUAUGAAUGGGGUUUAUUCUCCCUGUAUGCACUGUUCUUGGCACUCUGAUGUUGAUGUUUAUACAUUUAUACUGUAUGACUGGUUUACUGUGCCAUAGUUCUGCAUGUCUGAAAUAAACUUGAAUGAGCAUGACCAACUUGAAA